GUUACCGAUGUGUAUGUUGGUAUUUAUGCCUCGCACGUACGAUGAAGAUAAAAUUUAUAUUCAUUAUAAUCUGGUCGAUGGUGUAUUGAGAAUAUAAAAGUACUGGGGUUAUUUUUGUUCUAUUUUUCACCGUAUUAUUCAAGGUGGUGCUUAAAUAUGGGUAAAUACCAUAUCAAGAUUGGAAUCAUUGGUGGUACGGGACUGGAUGACCCUAACAUUUUAGAGAACCGCAAAGAAACACCUGUUACAACACCAUUUGGGAGUCCAUCUGAUGUGCUGCUUGAGGGGAAAAUUGAUGGAAUUGAUUGUGUUCUGUUGGCAAGGCAUGGGCGCAAGCAUACCAUCAGUCCAAGCAAUGUUAAUUACAGAGCUAACAUCUGGGCCCUGAAGGAAGCAGGAUGCACUCAUGUCCUUGCAUCAACAGCAUGUGGUUCUCUUCAAGAGGAAAUAAAACCUGGGGACCUUGUCCUAAUACGCUCAUUUAUAGACAGGACAACGGCUCGUAUUCAGACAUUUUACGAUGGUACUCAGAAUGCACUGCCUGGUGUGUGUCACAUUCCCGUGGAGCCAGCGUAUUGUCCCUCUACCACAGAAGUUGUAGCAGAAUCAGCAAAAUCUCUGAAGCUGAAGAUUCACCCGGUAGUGACAUGCGUCACCAUAGAAGGACCGCGGUUUUCCUCACUUGCAGAGAGUAAAUUGUAUCGCUUGUGGGGAGCAGACAUUGUAAACAUGACCAGUGUGCCUGAGGUUGUGUUGGCGAAAGAAGCUGGACUCUGCUAUGCAGCGAUUGGGUUGGUAACGGAUUAUGACUGUUGGAGAGACACAGGAAAUAAAGUGUGUGUAGAUGAAGUUAUGCGUAACUUCAAAUCCAAUGUGCAGAGAUUGAUUGCAUUGCUGAAAUAUAUUAUUCCUGUUAUUGCAAAUGAAGACUGGGAUAAAGUAAUUGAUUCUGCCAAGGAAUGUGCUGCAAGGAGUGUAAUGCUUCCGUCAUAAAUUGGCUUCUUGUCACAUGAACGCUGCUGUAGUUCCAAUCCAAGAUGUUUUAUAUUAAUAAAGAAGUUUGAACCCUCA